AUGACAACUCUAAAAGCGUAUCAAAUACUAUUCAUAAUAUACGGUGGAAUGGUGGGAACAGGUUUAAUCGUCUCUUCAGGAAACUAUUUGCAAAAGUCUGGCCCUUUAUCUUUACUAUUAGCUUACAUCUUAACUGCGAUAAUAGUUUACUCAGUCUGUGCUGCUAUCUCAGAAAUGGCUGCAUACCUCCCUUUACCAUUCUUUGGUUCUUAUCCUUCAAGAUAUGUCGAUCCAGCUUUAGGUUUUGCGACAGGCUACUCUUUCUUAUUCAGAUUCCUAAUUGGUUGCCCAAGGCAAAUAACUGCCUGUGCUUUAGUGUUUCAAUAUUGGCUUCCUCCAGAAAAGGUUAAUCCAGGAGUUUGGGUUUUGAUUUUUUUCAUUUCGGUAGCUUUGAUCAACUAUUUUAACAUUAAAAAUUUUUCUUUAAUCGAAAUCUACUUGUCUCUGUUUAAAAUAAUAACUUUGCUAGGUCUAAUAUUCCUUUUAAUUAUUAUCAUGCUAGGUGGUGGUCCAGAAAACGAUGGUGUGAUUGGCUUUCGCUACUGGAAAGACCCUGGCCCUUUUGCUUCAUAUAGUGUCGAUAUAGAUGGUGCCACUGGAGCGUUUGCUUCCUGGAUUUUAUCUUUAGCAGGUUCAAUCUAUUCCUACAUGAGCAUUGAGAACUUUUGUAUUAUUGCUUCCGAAAUUGUUAACCCACGAAAAACCAUUCCAAAAUCUUUCAAAAUGAUUUUCUGGUCUGUGACAUUCCUUUAUUUAUCUCUAAUUCUCUUGUUGGGUAUGUGUGUGCCUUAUAAUGACCCUUUGUUGAUUGAAGCUGUAUCUUCUUCAGCAUCAACCGCAACUGCUUCUCCCUUUGUUGUAGCAAUCAAAAAUGCUGGAAUUAAAGUGCUAGAUCAUGUCAUAAAUGCUUGCAUUAUUAUUUUUGCGUUUUCAUCUGCUAACACAAAUGUUUAUUUUGGAACAAGAACCCUUUAUGGUUUGUCAAUCUCGGGUAUUGCCCAUAAAAUCUUUUCAAAGACUACAAAACAUGGCGUUCCAAUUUACGCUUUGCUAUUGGUUGUAUUGUUUAAUUUAAUAAGUUUUAUGAAUAUUUCAAACAAGGCUAAAGAAUACUUUCAAUAUUUUGUCGACUUGAGCUCAAUGUUUGCUCUUUUAUGCUGGAUAUCCUUUUUGAUUGCCCACAUAAGGUUUAUCAAAGCAUUCAAAGCUCAGGGACUUGAUAGGAAAACAGAUUUAAAAUAUAGAGCUCCUUUUGCUCCUUACUCCUCCUGGUUUGCUUUGAUAACCUGUUUAAUAUUAGCACUUGUCAAAAACAUGAACAUCUUCUUGAAUAUUCCUAACCAGGGAUUUGAUUAUCAAUCAUUUAUCAGCAGCUACAUUUCAAUCCCUAUUUACAUAAUUUGCUACUUUAGCUACAAAUUGUACUAUAAAACUAAAAUAAUUGCCCCAGCUGAUGUGGACCUAUUUUCAUAUAAAGAUUAUGUUGAUGCCGAUGAAGAAGCCUUUUUUAGAGAAAAAAACGAGAGAGAUCAACAUUUGAUACCCGGAACAUGGAAAUAUAGGUGGAGAAAAUUUAUGGAAUUGAUUGAAUAG